CUGAGAAUCUAAUCAGUUAGUUGUGCUCAGAGCCUUGAUGCAAGAAGGAUUCGCAUCAUCCGCAAUUUUCACAUUGUUUAAGACUUUAUAAACACUUGAAUAAACUGAAAAAAAUUGACGAAAAAAUAUAAAAUAAAAUACAUUGUAGAUUUUAGUGAGCUGGUUAAUAUUGUAUUUGUUGAAUAUAUUUUUUUAUUAAAUCUUAUUCAAAUUAUUGUGAAUCUGUGACAAAUAUGAACGUGUUUUAAAUUUCUGCUCAUGCGUAAUUUUCGAAACAAAUAUUGUAUAGAGGCUAAAAAGUGGCGCGUGCCAUUCGUGGUGUGAGAAACGUGAAUCGGGCAAAUUGGAAGUUGCAAACGCCACGCAUCACGCUAUUCUCAUAAAAUAAUAAAAUCUAAACUCUUCAAAUUGCCAUAACUAUUAGCAAAAAGAGGAUUAUCUCAUUAUAUAUCGACGUAUUGAACAAAACUGAAUGCAGAAAUUUUACCUUGCUGGAGUAUACAAAUAGAAUUCACCAUCAGCCGACGAGAUUUACAGGCUGCAUAUUUUAUACAGCAAAAUUAAAUACAAACAGUGAUAUUUUGGCGACAAUAUGCAGAAUUGGGACACCAUGCAGGCUACAUCGGCUAGCUACGAACAACAUAACUCAUGGUAUAACAGUAUGUUUACUAAUACAAAUAUUAAAACGGAGCCAGGCACUACAAGCCCAUCUUUGGAACAAGAGCUAAAGUCGCCAGAGUCUAAUGUAGAUGUUAUUUCACAUUUGGAAAAUUAUUUAAAACAUCACCAACAAACUUCCCAUCAAAUAUCCGCUAUGGAUACACUAUCAGCGAUGACGCCAUCCCCCAGCAACGCAGAUAGUAUGCAACAUCUAUAUGAUGGAAGUCUCCAGCAACAGUUACUACAGCAGAAACAUUAUCAACAGCACUUCCAACAAGCUCAACAAGCAGCCGCACACAAUCAAGUUACGUCCUCGAAUUUACCGCUUGGUUUCAAUCCGCUUACGCCGCCCGGAUUACCAUCAGCGGUUAUACCCUCCAUAUCCCAAUAUUAUCAUCACCUGCCGCAAAGUAAUAUGCGAACGGAACCUCAAACGCCCAGUCCUCUUUCACAUCAAUCACAUAUGACUACACCCAUGGACUCAAGUGAGAAAUUGCAGACCGCAUUGACACCACGUAAUACACCACCAAUGGAUAUUACGCCGCCUAAAUCGCCAAAACCUCAAAGUGCUAUUUGUUCUGAAACAAUAAAUUCGCUGGAAAAAGAUCAAGAUGUGCAGUCGAAUUCUAGUGAUGACAUGAAGUAUGGAGGCGAAUCAGGAGAUGACGAAUCAAUUCGGUUCCCACUUUAUAAUUCGCAUGGUAAAAUGAAAAAUUACAAGUGCAAGACCUGUGGUGCAAUUUGGGUAACAAAGAUUCAAUUUUGGGAUCAUGUACGUACACAUAUGAAACCCGACAAGAUUCUACAAUGUCCUAAAUGCCCAUUUGUGACGGAGCUGAAGCAUCAUCUGGAAUAUCAUAUACGUAAGCACAAAAAUCUGAAGCCCUUUCAAUGUGAUAAAUGUUCUUAUACCUGUGUUAAUAAAUCGAUGCUGAACUCUCAUCGCAAGUCGCACUCCUCUGUUUAUCAGUAUCGCUGUGCAGAUUGUGAUUAUGCCACCAAAUACUGUCAUUCUUUUAAAUUACAUCUACGCAAAUAUGAGCACAAACCUGGUUUGGUGCUAGAUGAAGAAGGUGUACCGAACCCAUCGGUAGUUAUUGACGUGUAUGGCACACGGCGCGGCCCUAAAUCAAAGUCCACAUCAUCUAGCAUCAAACGAAGUAAUAAUACUAACAGCAACAACGUCAAUGAGCGCUUGACGGCGAAAUCACUACAAGAUCAGAAAAACAGCACAGAAUAUAAAUUGUCCGAAGCGCAGCUUUCGACAGCUUUACAAUCUUUCUCAUUACCAACUCAACAUCACCAGAUGCCUGUGUCACCUGCAAAGAGUCCAAGCUCAAUAUCUGAGCUGUCUUCUCACUCACAGGGGUUAUCUCAACAAAAUACACGUCAACAGCAGAAACGGAAUCUACCAACAGAAAACACUGAAACAUCCUCUACCAUUUCCGCUAUUACGGAUACGAAUUCCCCUAUGACAAGUUUGCUACCACCUCUCGCUACGCUACUCCAACAGAAUCCCAAUAUGGCAUUCUUUCCUUACUGGAACUUAAACUUACAAAUGUUAGCUGCCCAACAACAAGCUGUGGUUCUAGCUCAAAUGUCCCCCAGUAGGCGAGAGAAAGCAUUGCGGAAACUACAGAAUGCUCAAUCGGCUGAGGCUGAUGACGAGGAAGUGGACGACGUAGAAGAUGAAGUUGACCGAAAAUCAACAGACUCAGCAAUGGAUCUCUCACAGGGUUCACCAGUUAAAGAUGACCCGGACAACCGGAAAACGCCCGUAAUUGCUUCUAAUAUAAGACUUCAAGACGAAUCUAACAAUACGCCAAUUGUUAGCACUAAUGGUGCUGCGAAACGGAAAGGACGAGUGCUCAAGCUAGAUGCAUUUUUGCAAGUAAAGUCUACGUCACAAUCACCAGACGAAAAAGAAGAGGAUACAUUCAGUCAAAUAAAUACCGAUGCAUUAGUAUCUGCCGCCCCACCACCGUUGCCAACCUCAUUUGGCACUUCAACUGCUCAAGUGGAAGGAACCUCUAAAGAGAAUGAAGAGCUUGUGCAUGAUACGUUGCUUACCGCUAAAGAAAUCACCAGUUCGACCGCCUCGUCGUCGGGAAACAGCUCAAAUAGUUCCAGCACUUCUUCAACCGUAACGACAAAUGAACGAGCGGCUACUGGCACCAUAUAUGAGUGCAAAUAUUGUGAUAUUUACUUCAAAGAUACCGUGAUAUACACCAUCCACAUGGGUUAUCACAGCUGCGAUGAUGUUUUCAAAUGCAACAUGUGCGGCGAGAAGUGCGACGGUCCUGUCGGCCUCUUCGUUCAUAUGGCGCGAAAUGCGCAUUCAUAAGUAGAAUCGAAUAUUUAUUUCAGAAACCUCUUUGUUAGAUAAAACUGGCUGCGCUGGUAUAGAAUUGUAAAUAGUUUUGUAUUUAUAGAUUUAAAUGUAAUUGUAGAUUUGAGUUAGUAAAAUGUAAAGGGUUAAAUAAUCAUAAGGAAUAUAUUUCACACGAAUAAUGUAGUUAGGCUUACAUUUAUUAAAAAAAAAAAAACAAUUAAUUUAUUUAUGUAAAAUAUUUAAGAGAGGAUAAAUAAAAUGAUAAAACAACUUUUCAAAUAAUCUAAAACACUCAUGAAGUCAUAGAAAAUGGUUACGUUCCUAAGUAUUUAUGCUACUCAAAUAGUCCCAGAAACCAAAUAUACUCUGUUGUACAAAAAUUUAUUUAUAUGUAUUUAUUUGUGUGUGUAUGUAUAAUAUUUAUGACGAUUACUAGUAUUUAGUUGAGAUUAUAUUAUUUGCAAUCAUGUCGAGAGUUAUGUUCAAUAUUUAUGUAUAUACUGACAUUUACAUAAGCGUAUGUUUAGGUAUAUGUAUAUGUAUGACAUGAACAAAUAUUCAAAUUGUAUGAUCAAAAAUAUCUGUAAUAAAAACACAUUUAUUAAUAAAA